AUGUCCAAAGCCCUCCUCAUCACAGGCGCAACCGGCAAGCAAGGCGGUGCCACAAUCGACGCCCUCAUCAGCUCUCCAUCCCACAGCUCCGAAUUCACCAUCCUAGCCGUAACCCGCAACCCAUCCUCAGCCUCAGCAGUCGCUUUGCAAAAGAAAUCUCCAGCAAUCAAGCUCGUAACCGGCGAUCUCAAAGACGUACCCGGAGUCUUUGACGCCGCCGAAGCAAUCCACAAACCCAUCCAUGGAGUCUUCAGUGUACAGACCUUUAUGGGUCAAGGCCAAAGCGUCGAGACUGAAGAGCAACAAGGCAAAGCCCUGGUAGAUGAAGCACUGAAACGUGGUGUCAAUCACUUCGUGUACACCUCUUUAGACCGUGGCGGUGAUAAGAGCCUUGAGAACCCAACGAAUGUCCCACAUUUCAUCUCUAAGCAUAACAUCGAACGUCACUUGGUCGAUAAAACAAAGGGCACAAAGAUGUCGUAUACCAUCCUCCGCCCCGUUGGCUUCAUGGACAACUGGGUUCCCGGAAUGAUGGGCAAGAUGUUUGGAGCAAUGUGGUCAUCAGCACUCUCGUCAAACCGUAAACUGCAAUUGAUCAGUGUCAAAGACAUCGGCCACUUCGCAGCUGAAGCCUUCCGCAACCCUUCUCGCUACCACAACCGCGCAAUCAGUCUCGCAGGAGACGAGCUCACUCUCAAGGAAGCCGACAAAGUGUGGAAGGACGCAAUUGGCCAUGGAGCACCAAAGACUUUCUCUUUUAUGGGCGCUGGCUUGCUUUGGGCAAGCAAGGAGUUGGGAACUAUGUUCAGAUGGUUCGAGACUGAUGGUUAUAAUGUCGAUAUUGCGGCUCUCAAGAAGGAACACCCUGGUUUGCAGACUUUGGGCGAUUGGAUUGUCAAGGAGAGUGCUUUCAAGAAGGAGUAA